AUGCCCGUGCGAGAAUCUCCCACGCAGACCAUCGCCGUUUCGGUGCCUCGCUUAGACGAAGUGAAGCAGAAACGCGCAGACCGUUAUCGGCUAUUGGUCUUCACUGAAAUUCUUUUGUCAUUUACUGACACAGACGGAGAUAACAUCCGGCUUCAGAAGGAAGGCAUUGCCAUCAACGAGUACGUGAAUGACAAGCUGGAGAUUCGUAGCAUGCAGUACUUCGACAUCGAUGUCCGUGCCCGGUCAUACCAUGAUCCGACAGGCCGAGGAUGGUUCAGACCUUCAGAGGAUGUGGAGGAGAUUGUCCGCAAGAGGGACCUCAUGUUUCUGGAGCGUGACUUCCUGGCAAGGUGCUUGAUGACUGUCUGUGGUCUCACCGAGAGCAGCGCGUAUCAGGUUAUGAUGACCGCUCACACUGAGGGCAUGGCAGUGGUCGGGACGUAUGCCUUCGAAACAGCCGAGUUGUACUGCACAGGUCUAAAGGCCAAAGGCCUGAGUGCCGACAUUUUGCCGGUGGAGGAUGGCGAGUAG